GCCGUGCACAACAGUUGCUUAUAAGCCAUUACGAAAAAUAAAACACUAGCAAUCGCCCGAAACUUAUCGCCCAAAGGAAUCGUGCGCGCGCGCAUUCAAAUCACUUAUUUUCAACACAAAAGUAGCAGUUCUUUCUUGCCAACACCGCCGCCGCCGCCGACGCUUUCGCAGCUAAGCACUUUUAUUCGCGUGAAGUUAUCGUGCAAUUGAACGAACGCUUUUCUUUCAAUUCACAACAACAAUAUCAGCGUUAAGUGGAUACUUAACUGCCAAAGAGCAUCUUCUACUCGCUUCACUUUUUUCUUUUCCACUGUGCUUUCGCUUUGUUUUGCAUACCGCGACUUCCGUCUGUCUCUACGGUGAAUUGAUUUGGAAUACUUUCGAUAGCAUCGUCUUCGCCGUUGCACUUGCCGUAAUUCGCACUUCUCGCAACACGGCGCCUUUGUUGAUUGCAUCGCGUUAAUUGUGCAUUCGAUUUGUUUUGUUUGCUGAUCUUCCGGCCGCUUCGCUUCGCGUGAAUUUGCGUUUAGUAAUUGUGAGGAAAAUUGUGCAGAAAUAAAAGAGACUGUGGCCAUAAAAUACGACCAAAGCCACAAAAAUUACAAAUUAAUUUAUGCAAAACUAGUGGAGCAAAAUUUUCUUGGUUUGCACAAAUUGCCGAAAUUAAUAUAGAAACAAGGACAUAAACAAUUGCCUAAGUCAACUAGUGCUUCGGUGAAAACAAACAAAAGCCACUAAUUAAAACGAAAGCAACAAAAAGAACAAUUAAUUUUAAUGACGACUUGCCACAACUGAGAUUUGCUUAAUGCGAUUACGUCUGUUGCGUUCACCUGCAGUGAAAAGGAGCCUCCAUAAAUAAAACCACCAAUAACAUACCCCACUACUCAAUAUUACGACCGGAAAGAGGAAAAAAAAGCUGACAACUUGACACACGCGAGCACCUAAAGCACGACAUUCGCGACACAACAAAACGACGCUAUUCACAGCGAACGAAAAGCUACACCAAAGUACUUGCUCAAUUGUUCUGGUGAAAAAUAGCGCCGAUAACAAAAGUGUGACCGAAGUGCGGCAAUCCACGACGCUACUGAUUUAUUAACUGCUUUGAGCUACUUGCGGUGCUUUGUGCAAUCUUUCGUAAGCGUCUUAGCGCUCAUAAGCCAUAAUUCGUCUUCGUCAAUAAUUCUUUUGCUGCGCAACAGUUUUAUGAGUAACAGCGCCAUGGUUGCGGUCGCCAUUUGUUGCAUACUGGUCCUGCUGGCCGUCUUCAUUGUGAUCAUCAUAGUCGUUGGUCAGACGAUGGGUGAGCCCAAGUGAGAUAAACUUCAACUGGGACCCGGAAACUUCCCAGAUGGAUAACAAAGGCACUCGACGAAUUGUUAGUUGUUACCGAAUAUCAAAUAUCCACUGCGACUAUUGGCCAGAGCCCAGCCUCACACAUUCACAUUGCUAAAUUUCAUAAGAAUCACCAUCGAUGACCGACGAGUGCCAUUGAUGAUGGCCCCCUUUGGCAGGCAGCGCCGUAAGCAACAACAUCACUUACAACGAUUUUCAAAAUCACAUUUCGGAAACCAAGCGCAAGCAAGCAAAAUAUCUGCAUCAUGUGCCACUGUACGCGUCAUCGGCUCCAUUCGUGUACCAUCGGACCCAACGUCAGAACAAAAAUUGGCUGUGAUGUGAAACUAAAGAGACAUAUGUACGAAAUUUACUCAUAAACAAAUUUGAAACUAAAAAAUUCCAAACAAAAAAAUUGAAAAAAAUUAAAAUCGGCAAAAAAUUGAGUGUGCAAAAAUAUUUCAAGUCAAUCACAAAUACAACAACAACACAUUAUAACAAUAAUUAUGAAUAACCAGAAAUUUUAAACAAAUUUAAUGCAAGCAAUACCAAAAAGCGCGUUAAAUGUGAAAUAUACAUACAUAUUUAUAUCAGUAAAUUAAAUUAAAGUCAAGUAGUGUUUUUGAUAAAGGUGUUAGCAUUUCGAUGUUUUUAAAGAACAAACCAAUCACACAAACCGUAUAUACUCCUUCUAGUAUCUAGAUAUGUAAACAAAGAUAUGCAUUUUUCUAAGUCGAGAAUGCAAACACAACCAUAAAUGAAACAGCAGCCAAAAGCUCUCUCAGCAUUAUGCCACACAGACCAAAAUAAGAAGAAAGGACCGUAUGAAAUCAAAGUUGUGGGACAGCUAAAACAUUCUAGGCAGUAAAUGGCGCUCCCAGACGAGCGGAAUUGAGGAAAUGUGUGGAAGUUUAUGGAGCGAUCAAGUCCAGGGACUGGGAGGUAAACAAACAAUAAAACUGGGCAGCGUUUACUAUAAGCGAAAACGCAAAAAAAAAAUAAAAACACAGCAGCUGGAGCUCAACUUUAACUCAAACCGCAAACUGAAUUCUAAUACCCAGUAAGAAACUCCAGUAGAAAAUUAUUUUUACAGCAAUAGACAUCUAGAAAUGAUAACCACAAUCUACGUAUAUAAAACAAAGUGAUGGGUUCAAUAAAUACCUUCUUCCAAACUUUAAACUUUUAACAUACGUGAAUAUUUUUGAAUAGUUAAAAAACCAAAUCAUAUCAUUUGUAACGAUGAAUUUCCCCACUCAGCAUCCAACUAAAAAUGCACAAAAUUCAGAUUUCCUGCUCUUGUAGUAUAUGUCAUGAGCUCCCUUAAAUAAAUGACAGUAUUAUAAAAGCUCUCUAUAAGAAACAAAAAAUAAAACAAAUAUAACAAAAACAAAAACUUUCAUUAAAGUGGCAGGCGAAAAUUCAGAAAGUAAUAUAAAUAAAUA